UUUUGGUCCUUAUCUGCACGUAACACUCCGCCGAAGAGCUGGGAUGUUUUGCAGGAGCGUCACAGAGACGAGCAGACUUCUGAUUGGCUGGAGCACAGGGCGGAAGUGCGUCUGCUGUCCCAGCUGUGCCGAAACAAAACAAGACAAGCUGCGACUGCACCAUGAUGGAUGAGCUGGUGCAGGACCUGGUGUCAGCUCUGGAGCAGCCCUCAGAGCAGAGAAAGCUAUGGGAGGAAAUGGUCCUGAGUCCACUGCAGCGACGCCGGCAGAUCCGCCGUCGCAGAGGCCGCAAGCGCUGCCGUGAAUCCACCCUCUAUUCACUGGAGCACAGACGAUACUGGAUUGAGGCCUCAGAGUCCAGCUUGGACGAGGCUAGAGCAUACAGGGACAACUCUUCUUCAACCAUCGCUGUCUCAGUGGCAAACUGCAGUGACUCUGAUGAUGUGACCUCAUCUAGCCGAUGGCGCUCUGCUAUGAGAGGCCCAGUCAGGACUAGACAGCCCUCCUGGCCCGAGUCUGACUCCUUUACUGAAAACAAUCCAGGACGGCAGCUUAGGAGACGGAGAAAGGUCAAACGGAUGACCUCGGACAUCACAGUUACAUUGCAGCAGAAGUUGAGGGUUUCAGGUGUAGAUAGGAGGCGGAGACACAGGUCUUCUAGGAUUCGGCAACUGUCAGGGUCAAAGAAGAGGACUGAUGGUUGGGUGAGAGCUGACCGUCAGACUGAGGGAGGGAGACGGAUGGGAAAUGAGUGCUGGAAGAGGAAGAUGACCAAGGAACAUCGAGAUGCUGCGGAUGAAAAUCUGUCUGAGGGGGAAACCAGCAGCACAUGCAGCAGUGACCCCGGCCUCUUCACUAAUGAUGAAGGAAGACAAGGUGAUGACGAGCAGAGUGAUUGGUUCUUUGAGGGGGACUGUGGAGUCGGGACGGGUGUGGCCAGCCUGCUGCCCAGCUGGGACUCAGACAACCAGCUUUCCCUUGAGGAUAACCGUCCUUCUCCCACCUUCUUGCAGCCUGCACGGCCCUCUCACAGAGGAAGUCGGUAUCAUUCACGUCUGAAACGAGUGCCUGGCUCUGCUGCUUCCUGCUGCAUUAGAAAGGAUAGGAGGAGGCUUCCCAGCAAGGCAAACAACAUGCCAGUGUUUGUUAAAAGGCUCAGACCCUUUUCCCAAGAUCCCUACCAGAGAGACUUUUGGCUGCCUUCUGUUGGAAAGCGAGAGAGAGGCCAGUUGAAGCCUUUGUGUCCUAUUGACAUGGUGUCACAGAGCUCCAGUCUCAGAUGUUCCUCCUCUGUCUGCACGAACAGGCAGACUAGCGUCUCUCUGGGACUGUUGAGCACAGGAGAAUCCAGGAGGAGGGAAACAGAAGGUGUGACCAUCACAACAUCAGCUAGCUACCCAUUUCAUAGGGAUCACCAGAGAGAGGAGGCACAGGGAGCCAGAAACAUCUCCACCCAAGAGGCUGUUGGACCAAAUGCAACUCUUUCACAGUCCUCUGCUUCCGCAAAGCCGGAGAGUUUGUCCAUGAGCGAAGCACAACAAAGUCUGGAGGAGCGUGCUGAAAGAACUCAAGAAAGAAAAGACUAAACCUCCUCUUGCUGCGCAAUCUUUAAAAAAACAACAAAACAAUCAUCACUCCUCAAAUCAGCAUGUUACUGCUACAUCCAGUAUUUCCAGGUAUUGUAUUAAGCAUGACAAAUGUUAAUGCAAUCAAGCCUUGUUAACCCUCUGCCAUCUCCUUGAGGAAGAAAGCAGCUUCAAGAGGCUCCUCAUUCGACUCAAGACUUGACGGCUCCUCCUGUUUCCACACGUACAAUCUCCAGGCCACCUGCUACCACACAAUCCAGCAAUUAUGUCCUCUUUAGUAGCACAGGGUUUGUCAGUAGGAAGAGAGUCAGUGGCUGUGCAGGUUUUUGCAGCACGUAGUUUGCUCAGAGACACAUUCCAGCUUCAGAAUGUUUAGCUACCACAUGCUGCUAAAGUUCAGAAAGGCGACCACCGGUAGAGAGUGGCACAAAGUACAGGCCUCCUAUUAGCAUGGAUUUAAAAAAGCUACAGUUUGUACAAAGGCACUCAUUAGCACAACACAGAGGAAGUGUGGUCGUGGUCCUCGGAGGCCCGCCUCUGUUCUCCUCAGCUUACCUUCCAUAUUCAAAUUUGCCCAAAUGUAUUUAAGUUCAAGGCCUGCUGCAAAAGCGUUUGAACAGGCUGUUUUUCAGCAGCGGUGGAUUAGUCGCUUUUGGGGCUGUGCAGAGAAAAGAAGUCAGAGGAGCUGCUGGAGAUAGGAGAGGAGAGUCUUACAACGUCUUUUCACCUACCCUUAGGGUAUACAUUUCCACGACUCCAGCAUCAUCAGAUGCAUUAAAAGAUCAAUGGAGGCAUACAGUGAGAUCAAACACAGCUGGUAAACAAGCAGCACUUACAGAAAAAUGCAUUUUUAUAGGGGCCAAGUGGAGUUGGGUUUUCUGGUCCUGAAUAGAGCUGAUAACUUGUCAUCUUUAUGAACACAAGCAUACUUCUGCACAUAGUAACAUCAUCUCAGCUGGCAUGAAUUCAAGAAAUAGUGUUUUACAGUGACAGCUUUUUAAAUAAAAGCUCAUGUCCGUGAUCCUCUAUCACCACAGGUAUGCAUUUUCUAUAGUAAGAAUAAGAAACCUUUUUAGUGAAACAUACCACUAACACACUGCAUGUCUUGUUACACACUUUUAAAGCCUUAUUUAAGAGAAGAAUUGCAUUUAGUAGAAUGAGAUUUGCCAAUUAAUGUGAGUUAUACGUCUGCAAUAAUCCGUCUGAGAAGGCUUUAUGUGAUCAUGUUGGCCAGGGAUGACAUUUAUAAAUGCUGUGUGGGCACACUCGUCUAAAUGGAUGCCUCACACAUGACGUCCUGCCACAGGAAUCAGUCAAAGUGUUGAGGUAGGGAGCAACCCCCAUCCACUCCCUCUAAGAUACUUCCUGUGGACGUUAAAGCCCGAUAGCUGGCUUUUGGUAGACCGGGAACACAUCUGAUUGAUAGGAAUAACACAGGAUGAGUUUGGUAAUUAGAAAAAAGGGAGCAUUUGAUAAAUAUAUUGGUGACUUCUUUGAGAAGUAUGACCCUGGAUGCUGACAAGUAUUGACUGUGUGGUGUUUUAAGGAGCUCCUCUUGCCUUAUCUGUCACUUUGUGUUUUGGUGCCAAGGCAUUGACAGAGCUGCAUUAGAAGCAUGCAUGGGAAAUCACCACACCUGCCUCUUAGGUAAUUAGCAGCCACCAUAACCACGUCUCACACAGACUGUUUGCCCCCAGAAUGAAUUUCCAAUGGCUAGGAAGUGUGGGAAAUGGCUUCCACACAGCCAGUCAAUUGCCCUGUUACAGUUAAGGAAUCCAGCGGCUUGGUACCACUCAUAUUUCAUCCCAGGUAAAGAUUACCUGUCAGGCCCAUGGGAGAUGUAUUGAUCUGUUUUCCUUUUUCCGCCAGCAAUCACCUGACAAAGGCACCUAGGAGGCGAGUGAAUGAGUGAUGCCUGGUCCGUCUGCUCCGCCGUAGUGGCUGCUAGUGUCCACUGAUGGGUGGAGAAGUGAUGAGGAAGAGGAGAGAUAAUGCAGUCAUAAACUCUGUUUGAACCUCCUCUGUAUGCAUGCAGGGCAGCCCCCUUUGGUCCCCUUCAGGUCAUAGGUCAGUGGGGAAUUUGCCUUUUUUUUUGGCUCCUUUCUUGUCAGCAGCGCUUGUUCUUGCUGUGUAGACUGUAGUGAUGAUAGAAACACAUGCAAAAGAGCCUCUCUGGUUCCUGCUGACAAAUACAUGUUGCGAGUCACCAUGGUUCAACUCACUUUGGAUUUCAAAGGGGUUCCAGUUUGAUCCAUGGACCCUGCUCACAAUGAAAUCCAACCUUGUGUGGUCAGGGUUUCUGGUGACUGUCAGUGUGGCAAAGCUGCACCAGCAAGGAUCAGUAUGUUUUGCAAUAUGUCAUGUUUUUGUGGCAGCUAAAAGUAUUUAUAUAUUUGCCUUGUUUGAUUGAAUGUCAGAGUUGAUAUUAUCCAUAAGACAUGCACAUAAAAUGUGUUGUAUUUAUGCAUAAUUACAAGUCAAUUAAUUGAGGAUUUAAGGCUGAGGACAUUAAAUACAUAAAUUCAAUUUCAUGAAAGAUAGUAGAAAAGAUAUGUCUCUAUUUUUCACUGUCAUAGUUCUAAAUUUCAUUUACAAGGAUUUAACUAUAUCUCCCUGUUAUCAGGGCUCUUAGGCAGCUAUCCACAUUUGAUACUGGUACAAAUAGCAUCUUAUCUCACAGGCUCUUAUCGUAAUAUUUAAUAGCAGCAGAGGCAUGCCUAAUUGCUUUGCAAAUGAUCUAAAGAGGAUUACUCCUCCCAAAGAAAGCCUGCACCGUGUCACUAGAUGUUAGAGAGACAUUAUCACAAUGAAAAAACUCAAUUUGACCUGCAGUGCAGUGUUCAUGAACUCUUGUCAAAAUAGAUGUCAGCUUGAGGUUGAUACUCUGCUUUUAAUGAACCCUGUUAGAACAUAAUCUGGAAUAGAUAUUUGUGGAUGUAAACUAUUGCAAGUUUAUCAUUUGAGUGUUUUAGAAUCUGAUGAAACAAGAUUUUGUAAUUAUGUAAUGUCUUGUCUUUGUGUCAGGUGAUGUCGUAAUCAUGUCUCUGUGUUACCGAUAUUUAUAAAGGUUACUACAGUAUCUAUUUCAAAUGCAGAAUUUGUGGGCAAUAAAUGAUUGUACAUGAUUGUGUUUUUUUCAAGGGUGUGUAGAUUGAUCAAGGAUAAAUUCUAAGUACAUUUUUCCUUUUCUGUGUUAGUAUUACAAAGUAGAGAGUGACUGAACUAUGAAGAGAUACAGGGUGAUUAUAUGCAACAUAGUUUUACAGGAAUGUCAUGUUUCCAAUACAUGCUGUGCAUCACAACCAAUCAACACCAAGAUUCAUGAGGUAGAAUGAUUUAAAAAUCAUUGUCCUGUCGUGGAUAUUUGACACAUUUUAAAAUGUUCUCAAUGAUUAAUUAAUUUGUCUAAAGACUGAUGUAAUCUUCAGGAGUGCCUACAACUGAGGGAUAAAAAAUUAAUCAAUAUAAAUGCUUAAAAGGCUAAUCUGCAAUUCAAUUAUUUAUGUACAUAAAUACAUAUGACUUGUAAUUGUACCUGCAAGGCAUUUAAUUUUUCCAAACUUGAUUUAAGAUUUUACAAUGUACAUUUUAGGGCAAACAAACUGGUAGAUGCAUGCAAGCUGCUCAAUGGUAAGAGAGUGACAUAAAGGAUGCAAUGAAACAGAUUAUUAGUAAGAAAAUGUUAAAAUUAACACUUAAAAUGUUACAAAAUAAAUUACAAAUCUAUAUUUGAAUAAAUUAUUCAUACAUAAAACUUUGAUAUGUUGCAAGGUUACAGUAUUAUAGCUAACUAAAACUAAAUAAAAAAUAAAUUGCAAAAUUGUUUGAGUUAACUGGAACUGCAACAAGAAAAACAGAAUCAGAAGGACCUUCUAGAUUAUUAUAGAAAAAUACAGUUUGCAAAGGUUUCCUGAGCCUUCAUUCUCUCACUCUGGUUUGGUACACACAACCACAAUCAUGAGGAAGACUGCUGACAUGACAGCUAUCCAGAGGACAAUCACUGACACCCUCAACGAGGAGGGUAAGCCACAUUCUCACUGCUGGAAGGGCAGGCUGUUCUCAGAGGCUGUAUCAAAGCAUAUUCAUCUAAAGUUGACUGGAAGAGAAAAGUGUGUAACAAAAGAUGAACAAGCUACUGAAUGAGCUCAGACUUCAAAUGUUUUUCUAACAAAGCAGAUUCAAGAACUUAAGGGAGUGUCACAAGGAUUGGACUGAGGCUGAAGUCAGUGGAUCAAGCCCAGCCCAGGUCCAGGAGUUGGACUACAAGUGUGCCAGUGCCAUCUGCUGAGAAGCUUUAUGAAGAUAUUGAUCUCCUUUUCUAGCAGGACUUGGCACCUGCCCACUAUGAAACCAAAACUACCAGCAUCUACUUUGCUGACCAUGAUAUAACUGCUUAAAUGGCCAGCCAACUGACAUAGCCUGAAUCCCAUCCAGUGGGGAAUUUGCCAAAAGGGAGAUGCGAGAUACCAGAAUCAACUAUACAGACGAGCAGAAGGCUGCUAUUACAGCAACCUGGGCUUCAUAACACCCAUACAGUGCCACAGACUGAUUGCCUCCAUGCCAAAUCACACUGAUGAAAUAGUUUGUGUUUAAGGCGCUCUAAUCAAUUACUGAGUGCAUACAUGAGCAGAAUUUUCCAAAGGUUCUACAUUUCUGUAUUACAAAUCCUUUUUGGUCUGAUGUGUUGUGAUAUUCUAAGUUUGAAAAAAUUGCUUUUUGGUUUCUGUGAGCUGUAAUCAAUAACAUUU